UGUGUUCAAAGGUGAGUGAGUGUGUUUGGAGUUCAACAUGUAGCCUAGCCUAUGAUACUUUAGUUACAUCAAUUUGAUAUGUAAAUGCUUGUGGUGAAACUGUUUCAGGGUUCAUUAAUUCCUCAGAAAGGCCAUCUAUUCCACAUAACUGCAGGAAAAAUGAGGGAGUGCAUUUCCAUCCACAUUGGCCAAGCAGGAGUCCAGAUGGGCAAUGCAUGCUGGGAGUUGUAUUGUCUGGAGCAUGGCUUCCAGCCAGAUGGGACUAUCCAUGAGAACACUGUUCCUCAAUUGACUGACUCAUCGUUUGGCACCUUCUUCAGUGAGACUGGGGCUGGGAAAUAUGUUCCCAGGGCCAUCUUCUUAGAUCUGGAGCCUACUGUUGUUGAUGAGAUCAGGAACGGUCACUAUCGUCAGCUGUAUCACCCUGAACAACUCAUCAGUGGCAAGGAAGACGCUGCCAAUAACUACGCUCGUGGCCAUUACACCAUCGGCAAGGAGAUUGUGGACUCUGUCAUGGACAGGAUGCGCAAAAUGGCUGACCAAUGCACUGGACUACAAGGGUUCCUCAUCUUCCAUAGUUUUGGAGGAGGGACCGGCUCUGGCUUUACUUCCUUGUUGAUGGAACGCCUGUCUGUGGAUUACGGCAAGAAGUCCAAACUAGAGUUCUCAGUCUACCCUGCUCCCCAGGUGUCCACAGCAGUGGUGGAGCCCUACAACUCCAUCCUGACCACCCACACCACCCUGGAGCACUCUGACUGCUCGUUCAUGGUGGACAACGAGGCCAUCUUUGACAUCUGCAAGCGUAACCUGGGAGUGGAGCGGCCGUCUUACACCAACCUGAACCGCCUCAUCGCCCAGAUUGUCUCCUCCAUCACAGCCUCCCUGCGCUUCGAUGGAGCUCUCAACGUAGACCUGACAGAGUUCCAGACCAACCUUGUGCCUUACCCCCGUAUCCACUUUCCCCUGGUCACCUAUGCCCCCAUCAUCUCAGCAGAAAAGGCCUACCACGAGCAGCUCUCUGUCCCUGAGAUCACCAACGCCUGCUUUGAGCCGGCUAACCAGAUGGUGAAGUGUGAUCCCAGACGCGGCAAGUACAUGGCCUGCUGCUUGCUGUACCGUGGCGACGUGGUUCCCAAAGACGUCAACGCAGCCAUCGCCAGCAUCAAGACCCGGCGCAGCAUCCAGUUUGUGGAUUGGUGUCCCACUGGGUUCAAGGUGGGGAUCAACUACCAGCCCCCUACGGUGGUUCCUGGAGGAGACCAGGCCAAGGUCCAGAGGGCUGUGUGUAUGCUGAGUAAUACCACAGCCAUCGCGGAGGCUUGGAGUCGUCUGGACCACAAGUUUGACCUGAUGUAUGCCAAGAGAGCUUUCGUGCACUGGUACGUGGGUGAGGGCAUGGAGGAGGGGGAGUUCGCUGAGGCCAGAGAGGAUAUGGCUGCUCUGGAGAAGGACUAUGAGGAGGUGGGAGCAGACUCUGGGGAUGCCUGUGAGGAUGAGGAAGAUGAAUACUAAAUCUGUUCAUCCUGUUCUCUUAAAAAAAAAAAAAACCUUGUCCAAAGCAAAUUUCUAUUAAAACCAAAUGUGUUUGAA